AUGGCCGACUUCAACGAAAUCGCAAAACAAUUCGUUCAGUUCUACUACCAGACAUUCGAUUCAGACCGAAAAUCCCUCGCAGCUCUCUACCGCGACAACUCCAUGCUUACCUUUGAAAGCGGAGCCACAGGAGGCACCGCCAACAUUAUCGAGAAGUUAACCAGUCUUCCAUUCCAAAAGGUUCAGCACCAGGUCGCAACGCUUGACGCCCAGCCCAGCAACGAACAGGGUGGUAUCCUUGUCCUCGUUACUGGCGCUCUUUUGGUCGACGAGGAACAAAAACCAAUGAACUACACCCAGUCAUUCCAGCUUCUGCCCGACGGCCAAAGCUACUUUGUCUACAACGACGUUUUCCGCCUAGUCUACGGCUAG